CGCCGAGUCCUUCGUGUAAUUCGUGUUUACGAAUGAAUGUUGUUUAUGUUUUGAUUAUGGCGCCCACGAUGUGAAUCACUCGUUAAAUUAUUUAAAAGUUCCACAAUUAUUUGUUGAGCAACAUCGACAUGCCGCAAAUGGACUGUUUGAAAGGAUUCAUGGAGGUGAAGAUGCCGUCGAAGACCAAACGAGGAUUCACACCGUGGAAGGCUUGGAAGAGACAGUGGUGCGAGAUAAAGCGACUGGACAGCAUCCAGAACGGGGUGGAAUUGAAAUUGAGGUCUAACAAGGACGGGAACGUGCUCAAUUCGUUCGUUUUGCCGAGAUGCUCGUUGAUUUGCAGAACGGAAUCGAGAACCAAACAGCACGCAUUCGGGGUGUUCAAUUUGGGCAGGAAACAAAAACCGAUUGUAUUUCUAACGGGCAAUUCGGAGACCGAAUCGCAGAAUUGGAUGUUCUCCAUCAGGAAAAUGCUCUCCGUCGCCUCGUACUUACCCGUCGAUAACAGCAAUUUUCGAGUGUCUUUGGUAGACAAUCAUCAUUCGAGAGCGGCCGGUUUAUUAGGCACCUUCGGCGUGUUAAGCGUGAAUCAACAAGACCUGAUCAUCAGCGAUCCCUGCACGGGCGAGCAGAAAAUCGCCUGGAAAUGGUUCCAUUUUCACCAAUUCCAUCUGCAAGCGCCCCUAAACUCCGGCGACGAUCAGAAGAUCAUCGUCAUGCACACCAGCAGCGAGUUCCCAGCCGGUCCAGGGCAGCUGUUCCUCUACUGCAAACACGCCUCGAAGUUGCUGCACCACCUGGUGGCCAGAGGCCAGUUUCUGAAGACCAAAAACCGGCUGAGCCGCAGCGAGGGCGACCUCUGCAACGCGCUGAACUGCUCGUUUCAAUCGGACAGUCCGGUGUGUUUGAGGAGCCAAACGGGCAGCGAGGAUUCCGGCAUUCGGGCCUCCAUCGUCUCGGACGAUUCCGAAUACCAAUUGAAAUCGAAGGAUACCAGCGUUUCUAGUAUUAGAAUGGACGUGGUAACCAAAACGCCGGGCGGUAGCGAAACUGAGGAUUCCUCGCAGGAUCUACUCAAUCCCCAACAAAGACACGGUUUACCGAGAAACGAGUCGGGUAUAUCGUUGGCGUCGGGCAUUUACGAGGAAAUACCGGACGAUCACGAAUUCACGCCGAAGAGCUCGAAGCACGCCAGCCACGUUUACGAAAAUCCUGCCGAGGUGAUCUUCGAACUAAGGAAGAGAUUCUUCGCUCCACCACCGUUGCCUCCCAGAUCAACCGAUUUCGGAUGGAUGAAUAAAAGGGAUUACGGAACGCCGCCGUUGAAGCCGCGCUGUAACACGAUGCCGGCUCAGGAUCUGUCGAGGAUAUCGAAGAUCUUCACGUCGGAAUCGGACUACGAGGUGAUGAGUCCGAGCAAGACGUUGGAGGUGGCUAAGAAACCGUGCGUGGAGGAUUUCUACGUGCCGAUGAUGCCGCUCAAGUAUUUGAAACUGAAGACUGACAGUAACGUUACCGUCGAUCUCAAGAAGACUUGAAUUGUUUUGGUGUAAUUUAUUUUAUGUAUGAGCAGAGUUUCGUGACGGGCCUUUCGAGAGCUACAAUGCGACGUAUUUUUGUAAACAUCGCGGUUUUUUUUUUUCGAGUAAUUUUUUUUGUUGUUUUUAGCGGUAUUUUGAAAGGGACAAAAAUGUUGUUUGGAUCUGUUUACAUCGUAUCGAUGGUAUUUUUUUUAGGCAAUUUUUUGCUUUCGACAUCGUAGUUAGUAUUAUAGCGUAUCGAUCAAAUCUAUGCGUGAGCUUGUUGUGUCCCUUUGUUGUUUUAUUUUAUUUUUGUAUGACGAGCCUGCGUAUUUACGUUUAGGGUAAUUGUUUAGGUAAAUUUUCGUCGAGAUUCGUUUUUAGCUUAAUGAUGUGUUACCAAUGGUUUUAUGAGAAAACUUUUUCGAUGGUGCUAUGCUAUAACUGCCAAACUGUAAUUCUGACGAUAUGUUGGAUGGUUUAAUAAAUUUUUUAUAAAAAUAUUUAACGAAAUGAAUAUUUCUCCGCGACUGUUCGAUAUAAACGCGUUCAAUUCUAUGAGUUGAACAAAGAGAUAUAUUAAACUAACAGUUAGAGUGAGAAAGUUGCAAUGACAUAUGUCAUCCUUUCUCGUUAACCUGUAGAAUAUUUUUUCAAGAGUUAAAUUCGUAUUGAGAAACUGCAAAUGAUUAGCUUAAAUUAUUUUAUUUAUUACAUGAUGGUUUUACAAUAAAAUUAUGUUUUUAUUUACCUAUGAAUUUAUCGUACUGUGAAUUGUACCGCCAUUUAAAAAAAAAACGUUGACACAUCUCCCUAUUUCCAAUGGAUUUCACAAUACGAUUUUAGUUAAAGGAUGAUUUGCAUACGAUAUUUCUCCACCAAUCGUAUCGUAAUUUACAUUUUAGGUCUAAUAUUCUAUUUUUCCACCAAUCACAAGCUAGGAAUUUAAUGUCUAAUAAUUCACUACAAACACCAAGAGUUCCGUUAAAGUUGCGUCUCUUGCAAAAAAUUUGACCCAAGAAACGUCAAUUAUGACAAUUAUAUAAUUAAAUGUCAAAAAUUAAUUUAUUACUGAUAGUGUGUGAUAAUGAUUCCAUAGACAAAAUGUAAGUUUUAAAAAUCAAAAAUCGUAUCGUUACAUAACAGAAAUAUUUUCUUUUGCUAAUCUAUCAGUAAUUGGUUUUAUGACAAUACCUGUAGAACAGUCGCGGAGAAAGCGCAGCCUUCUAUGUGCAUUAUUCGCCCAUUUUGUCCAACACUAGCGAAUACUAAUCCUAGUAACUCAUGAAUAAUGCCCAUUCUGUGUUGGUUACGAAGAAUCAUAUUAUUUUAGCGAUUAAUUAUUAUUAUGUUUGGUUGUAAUAAGGAAAUGCCUCAAUAAUAUUCAAUACAUAUCAGCUGCCUAAGUUUAAUGUGAUCAAUGUAGCUUUUGUACUUUUUAUAUGACUAAAAUUAAUUCGCUUUUACUAUGGAAUUUUGAUAUACCUACUUUUUUUAUACGCG